GACAAUCGAAUAUUAUCGAUAGUCCACCGAAACAACAAACAGAAUUUAGACGCUAAUCUCGCUAAAAAAGUAAACAAUUCCUGGACGAUGCGAUAAGACAACUGGAAACCGUCUAACUAUGGCGGAGGACAGCCACUGGCUAAGCUGGUGCCGGCUGUGCGCCAAGGACGAUGCCAGGAGGAACGUGAAGGUGCAAAUGAGCGACCAGACGGGAACCUGGGACAACGUCCUGGUAAUGGCCAUUCGAAAGUACUUCGAAGUGCAUAUGCGGAUGGAGGAUGAGCUGAGCAGUGUGCUGUGCACCGAGUGCUACACACUGAUAAGCGAACUAAUUGAUUUUUCGGAACAUGUGACCAAGGUGCAGGCCAUCUUCGAGGUGCUGCGACGCACGGAAAAGGAGCCGGACAAGCGCCUGGAUGUGGCAGCUCUGCGACAGCAGUACGGACUUGAUGAGGAUGACUGGACGCACAUUAUCAAGCCAAUGGCAGUGCCGGAAAUGGACGACGUUUCAGAGUUUGGGAAACGAAAGCUAGUAUUACAGGAGGAAUCUCAACCACAAGGAGCAAGGGAAGAACUCAUAAUGAUAAGAGAUGCAGACUCCUCACAGCGGGCUCAAACCAAAGACACUUUAGAAGGCGAUGUGCCCAAGCAGGAAUUUAUUGACAUGGAUCCCAUUUUGCUGGAGAACAACUAUACAAAUCAGUUGGGAAUGGAUGAUGUGCUGAUUGAGGUGCCGCAGCAUGGGGAAUCUCGAAUGUACAUCACCUCCACCUACUCGGGUUCCAGCGAAGAGGAGGAGGAGGAGGAGGAUGUCAAGCCAGACCUGAUGGCAGCUGAUCCCGAAUUCCUGCCACUUACACCCAAUGAAAUCUCUAGUCUCGUCUCUUUGGCCAAACCGCUAACGGCCGAUAACGAAGUAAUCGCUGAUGAGAGCGGCAAACGCAGACGCAUGAGUUGCGAGAGAUGCGGCAAGGUCUACAAGAAUCGCGCCUCGUAUGAGAAGCACAGGGAAGGCGAGUGCCGCAGAAUCGAGCGAAGGGUAAAAGUGGACAAGGCAACAACCGCCAACACCACCUGUGAUCUAUGCAACAAGACCCUCUCCUCUGCCACAGCCUUAAAGCUGCACAAGGAGGGCAUGCACAACAAUGUAAAGCCCUUCAUAUGCGAUAGCUGCGGCAAGCAGCUGAAGACAAUCACGGCCCUAAAUGAACACAAGCUGGUGCAUACGGACAAUCGGCCGUUCGAGUGCAGCAUCUGCAAGGCCAGAUUUAAGAAUCGAUCUCGACUGAAGGCCCACAACCAGAUCCAUGCGGAGCCCAGCUUCGUAUGCAACAUCUGCGGCAAGAAGCUACAGACGCGUCGCACCUGGAACAUGCACAAGGUGGUGCACAGCGAGGAGCGUCGGCUGAAGUGCGACGUCUGCGGAGCACUAUUCAAGCGCUCGAAGACACUCAAGACGCACUUACUCAGCCACACGGGCCUACGGCCAUAUGUGUGCAACUAUUGCGGAAAGUCUUUUGCAUGCAAUGCCAACUGUCGAUCCCACAAAGUGAAGAAGCAUCCUGUGGAAAUGCAGCAAGAGGAUGCCGCUGGCCACUUGCCGUCACGUUUGAGUAUACCCACGCUGGAAGAGCUGCGAGUGAUGACUAAAAAACUACCAAAAUCAUCAGAAUAGGAUAAGCCUAGAAUAACAAAAUCAAUAAAUAAAUACAAAAAGAAAACAAGAAACUAUUUUGGUUGAAAUUCCAGUUUGGGGACAGGGAA